ACGAGAGCCCUGUGGAUGAUUUCAAUGCAGGAAAAACAGGAGUUUCCCUUCAGUUGGAUUUAUAUUUUUGCUCCUCACACUCUCACACUCUUGAAUUGAUGGGAUGAUGAUUAUUUCUACACAAUUUAAAAGAAGGAUUUAAGAUAUGGACAAUCAGAGCUUUGUAAAGGCUUGGAAAUGGCAAGUAGCUUUCUCCCUCUUCCUUUGUAGCUGGGGCUGGGUCUCUGGGCAGCUUAGUUAUUCUAUUGCUGAGGAGUCUCAUCCAGGAACUGUUGUGGGGAAUGUGGCUCAGGAUCUGGGGGUGAAUCUGGCUGAUAUUAGUAGAAGGAGACUGAGUUUUGGAUCAGAUGGAAGCAGCAGAUUAUUCUCUCUAGAGCAGAAGAAUGGAGCUCUGGUUGUACAUGAGAGGAUUGAUAGGGAGAGCCUGUGUGGAUCCAGCCUGAGCUGUUUGCUGCAUUUAGAGGUUGUGGCUGAGAAUCCUCUGGAGCUGCACAGUCUGGAAAUAGAGGUUUUGGAUAUUAACGAUAAUUCACCCCUUUUCUCAAUUUCUGAUCAAGUUAUAAAAAUAACAGAACUGAUUACAAUUCCUGGAGUUCAGGUCCCUCUGGAAGCUGCUAAUGAUUUGGAUACAGGUAAAAAUGGUGUUAGUCAGUAUAUAUUGAAUCAAAAUCCAUAUUUUUCUUUAUUAGUAAAGAAGCGCAAUGAUGGAACUCUUAUUUGUGAGCUGGUGCUGGAAAAAAUUCUAGAUAGAGAAGAAAAAACAGAACACAAGCUUAUUCUCACUGCUAUAGAUGGGGGAGAACCAGCCAGAUCUGGAUCCACACAGAUAACAAUUAUAGUUUUAGACAUUAAUGACAAUCCUCCUGUUUUCCAGCAGCCAAGUUAUCACAUAGAAGUACUGGAAAAUGUACCUCUAAACACAGUUAUUAUAAAACUAAAUGCCACUGAUCUGGAUGACGGUGCAAAUGGUGACAUUUUCUAUUCCUUUGAUCACCAUACAUUGGUAUCUGCAAAGAACAUAUUUGAUAUAAAGUCACAAACUGGUGACAUUUUCAUAAAAGCAUAUGUGGAUUUUGAGGUAUCACAAUCAUAUGAAUUAUUUAUCAAGGCAGUGGACAAAGGGUCACCUAAACUUGAAGGACGAUGUGUUGUUCUGGUGGAUGUGAGAGAUGUAAAUGAUAACACCCCAGAAAUAUUUUUCAGCUCCAAAAAUAAUGAGGUCCCUGAGGAUGCACCCUUGGGAACUUUAGUUGGAUUUGUCAUGGUCAGAGAUAGAGAUUCUGGAAAAAAUGGAGAAAUUAGCUUACAAGUGUCUCCAGGUUUGCCCUUCACAUGCCAGCCCAUGUCACAGCGUUAUGUUCUGGUCACUAGUGGACAUCUGGACAGGGAGAAGCUCUCACAAUACACUAUAAAACUGACAGCAUCUGAUCUGGGUUCUCCAUCUCUCAGCAGCCAGAUUACAAUCAGCCUUAAUAUCUCUGAUGUUAAUGAUAAUACUCCAGCAUUUCUACAUAAUGUCUACAACGCCUUCAUAGCAGAAAACAAUGAGGCCGGCAGACUGUUAUGUACAGUAUCUGCUCUAGAUCCGGAUGAGGGAGCUAAUGCAAACCUCAUUUACUCCAUCACUGAGAGUCAUAUCCAUGGUUCUCCUGUCUCUUCAUUUGUCUACAUUAACUCUGACACCGGAAAUAUUUAUGCACAAAGGUCCUUUGACUAUGAACAAUAUCAGGUUCUACAGAUCACAGCAAGAGUGGAAGAUUCUGGAUCUCCAAAAUUAUCCUCCAAUGUUUCUGUCUUCAUCUUUGUUCUGGAUACAAAUGACAACUCUCCUACCAUCUUAUACCCAGAGAAUACAGGAGAGACCAUUGCUGAAGAGACCAUUCCAAGAUCUGCUACUGCUGGCUAUUUAGUCAGUAAGGUGUCUGCAGUGGAUAUAGAUUCUGGGCACAAUGCCUGGCUCCUCUAUAGUCUUGUUCAGUCAGCCAGUCCUGCUUUAUUCCAAAUCUCUGAAUACUCUGGAGAAGUCAGGACUCUCCGGGGUUUACAUGAGACAGAUAAUACGGAGCAUCGACUUGUGAUAGCAAUCAGAGACCAUGGGGAACCUUCUAUGACCACUACAACUACUGUCAUUGUGAAUAUAUUGGACACUGUUGCCCAGGAAAGUCCUAAAUCUCAAGACUUUUCAAAUGCCAAAUCUACUCCAGACCUCACUCUAUAUCUUAUUGUCUCCCUUGUGGCCAUCAGUGCAGUUUUUCUGGUCACAUUUGCUAUCUUACUUGUCAGGUGCCUUAGAAGGAAUUAUGAUUCUGGGUGUGGAUUCUGCUUUACUGACAAAUCACUUUCUACCACCUAUAUGGAUCAGUACAAACCAACCCUUUACCUGAACACAUGGAACAUUAAAAUAUAUGGAGGUGCGGAUGGCUCCACCAGAAGCUCCACUGUCUUGUUAUCCAGCUUGUUUCCCCCCUACUGCAGAUAUUCUUCAUUCAACAUUAUCUAAUCCCCAGAAAAAUUCUGAGGUAACUCAAGUAGCUAGGGAGCCUGAUAAAAUUGAUUCAAGUUGGUUUGGUGAUCUUGAUCAGCAGGCACAACCUGGUGCAGAAUGGCGCUUCUCACAGGCUCAGAGACCCGGACCAAGCGG